AUGUCUGCUCUUACUAGAAAAGAAAACGGCCAGACUAUCCAUCUGUCACCUUGGGAACUCAAGCAUGAGCAUAUCCCCACAUCUAAUGCUGUUGAAUUUCUCUUCACUCGUCCUGGUCUUGAUCCCAAGACUUCCAAUCCUGAUCACAAGCUUUAUAUUGACAGUCAUGAUUCCUCUCACUACAUCACUGUUGCACAGCAUCGUGAUCUUGUGGGCCGCAUCACUUACAUUCUCCAAAACAAGUACAACUUGCGUGUUGGCGAUACCGUAUGUCUCUUACUGACAAACUCCAUCUACCUUCCUGCUCUCCACUUGGGUAUUCUUGCCACUGGUGCUGCUAUUUCCCCAGCAAACAUUGCAUACCUCCCUCAUGAGCUUCACCAUCAGCUCAAUGUCUCGCAGUCUAAGCUUAUCAUUGGUCUAGAAAAAUUCCUUCCCAUUGCCCGUGCUGCUACUAAGGAUUUUUCACCAGUUCCAAUUGAAGACAUUUUUACUUUUGAUUCGCUUCUUGAAGAAGCCAAAAAUCCUCAAACUCCUAAAGCCAGCCCAGUCAAGUUUGUAGGUGACGAGUCUAAGGAAAGACAUGCAUACUAUUGCUUUUCUUCUGGUACUUCUGGUGUCCCCAAGGGUGUUGCAACUUCCCAUUUCAAUGUUGUUUCCGAUGUUCUUCAGCAACACAUUUCGGCUCGGGAUGCCCUUUAUCUUCCAAAUGGUGUUUACGGUGCUGUUUUACCCAUGUCGCACAUUUACGGUCUUACCACCUUUAUUUACUCUGUCCCAACCAUUGCACAGUCUACCAUCAUUGUCUUUGAUAAAUUCGACUUUGAGUUUCUUCUGCAAAAGAUUCAAGAACAUGGUGUCACGUUUUUGCACGUGGUUCCUCCCAUGGCUGUUUUGUUUGCAAAAUCGCAUGUUCUCGACAAGUAUCUUGACAAGGUUCGUCUAACACUUAAGGGGUUCCUUUCCGGUGCAGCCCCAUUGUCUCAAUCGCUAAUUGAUGAAAUUGCGGAUCGUCUUAAGAAUGGUAUUUCCAUUACCCAAUCAUAUGGUCUCACUGAAACAACUUCUAUCAACACGUUUGGGUCUUUCAAGCCUGGUCUCGACAAGUACGAUGCUGAGUCGUGCGGCUGGCUCAUGCCUGGUCUGGAGGCACGGCUUGUGGAUGCCGAUGGUAACGACGUGCACGGCAUUGGCCCAGAGCACCGGGGUGAGGUGUGGCUGCGCGGUCCCAAUAUUAUGAAGAGCUAUUUGCGUAACCCCAAGGCUACUGUCGAAACUUUUGAUCAUACUGGACGAUGGCUACGAACUGGAGAUGUAGGUAUUGUGACACCUGAUGGUCAGUGGUAUAUUGUAGACCGUGUUAAGGAGCUUAUCAAGUCUAAGGGACAUCAGGUUGCCCCAGCAGAGCUUGAGAGCAUUCUUCUUGAGCAUCCGGAUGUCAUUGACGCGGCUGUUACUGGCAUUAAUUUGCCUGAGGAGGGUACUGAGCUCCCCCGUGCCUACAUUGUUCUUUCUAGUAAGGAUAUUGAUCCGCUUGCCAUUAAGGCAUGGUUUGAUAACAAGGUUUCUCGUCAUAAGCAGCUUUGGGGUGGUGUUGUUGUUCUUGACAGUGUUCCUAAGUCAGCAUCUGGUAAGAUUCAACGUCGUUUGUUACGCGACCGCAAGAAUGAUACUGUUUAUGGUUAUCGUACAGGAGCAUCCAGCAAACCCAAGUUGUAA